AACGUGAAGUCGUUGUUAUGUUGGCGUCAGGUUACAGCACGUACACAGCCUCGAGAGCAGGAACCCGGAGGCAGAGCACGCGAAGGAACAGCAUGGUGAGACUUGUACCACAAUGCGUCACUUGGCAUCACGACUCUAUCUCCAACAUGGCGUCGCUGGGAAGGAGGCGCGGUGUCCCAGUAAGCAGGGAGAGUAUUCCCUUCCUGUCACCCCGUCUGUACAGGGGAGUGAUGGCGGCGACCGACUGCUACAUUGUUCACGAGAUCUACAAUGGGGAGAACGCACAGGACCAGUUUGAGUAUGAGCUGGAGCAAGCACUGGAGGCCCAGUACAAAUACAUUGUUAUUGAGCCCACGCGCAUCGGAGAUGAGACGGCGCGGUGGAUUACGGUGGGCAACUGCUUGCACAAGACGGCCGUGUUGUCAGGCGCCGCUUGCCUCCUGACACCGCUUUCCCUGCCUCCGGAAUACUCGCGCUACGUGGCGCUGCCCGCCGGCGCCCUCAGUGUGGCCUGCGCUGCCCUCUACGGAAUUUCGUGGCAGUUUGACCCCUGCUGCAAGUACCAGGUGGAAUAUGACAGCCAAAAACUGUCGCGGCUGCCCCUGCAUACACUCACCUCCUCCACGCCCGUGGUCUUGGUACGCAGGGAUGACAUCCACAGAAAGAGACUCCAUAACACGAUAGCACUGGCCGCGCUGGCGUACUGCGCCAAGAAGAUAUAUGAACUCUAUGCUGUAUGAGUGCACUCUGAAGACCAUUUAAGAACCAAUGGGGAAAAAAGGAAAAUUAAAAAAAACAACAACAAACCUAUCCACAGUCUGGUGUAGGAAAAGUGGAAGGUCACAAUCGGGCCCACAGCACCUGUGGUGGCUGCUCCCAUGUUGAACUUUGAUCAGAGGGAUAUAGUUAAAACGAGAAGGAAGUCUUUUUUUUUCCCCCCCAUUUGUUUUCUUUAAGUGACAACCACAGCACACACACGAUCUCUGUAGUACCCUUGUGCCUCCUUACCUGCAUUCUGACCCUUCAAAGUUCGUGUAAAGGCUCCAACAGAACCUGCCUGGUUGAGCUGAACGGAUGUGAUUAGAGCUUUACCCUUUCCCUCGUAGUUUUGCUGUACUCCCUUACUUGCUGAUCAGUAACUCACCUUUCAUUAAACAUUAGGCUAUUUCAAA